UUUAGUUCCAAUAUGGGAACACCACCAAAGUUGGGUCAAUGGCCCCUUCUUGUUUAUGCUUUUGCCUUUUCCUUGAUAGCCGCUGGUGUAGCAGCUGAUUAUAAGCCUCACAUAUAUGAUUCAUCAUCUUUGUCAUACCAUUAUAAGUCACGACUUCCUCCGCCUCCGUCACCUUCUUCCCGACGUCCUUACUAUUAUAAAUCACCGGUGCCACCUUUCUCCCGACGUCCUUACUAUUAUAAAUCACCACCACUAUCUUCUCCCCACCAUCCUUUCGAUUAUAAAUCGCCAAUGCCACCUUCUCACCGACGUCCUUACAAUUAUAAAUCAUCACCACCGCCGCCAUCUUCUCCUCGACAUCCUUACCAUUAUUAUAAAUCACCACCGCCACCUUCUCCCCGACGCCCUAACUAUUAUAAAUCACCACCUCUACCUUCUCCCCGGCGUCCUUACUAUUAUAAAUCACCAACACCACCUUCUCACCGACGUCCUUACUAUUAUAAAUCACCACCACCGCCGCCACCUUCUCCACGACGUCUUUACAAUUAUAAAUCACCACCGCCACCUUCUCCUCGACGUCCUUACUAUUAUAAAUCACCACCGCCACCUUCUCCCCGACGACCUUACUAUUAUAAAUCACCACCGCCGCCGUCACCAUCACCACCUCUUCCAUAUUAUUACAAAUCCCCACCAUCACCUUCUCCAUCUCCACCACCACCACCAUCAAUCAUUUCUCCUCCAUUUUCAUCACCAUCUCCAUCUCCAUUGCCACAACCAUCGACUAUACCUAUUGCUGAACCAUUUCCAUCUCCAUCACCGCCACUACCAUCCACCACACCUAUCACUGAACCAUCUCCAUCUCCAUCUCCAUUGCCACCACUAUCGACUACACCUAUUGCCGAACCAUUUCCAUCUCCAUCGUUGCUACUACCAUCCAUUACACCUAUUGUUGAACCAUUUCCAUCUCCAUUGGCUACACCUAUCGUUGAACCAUCUCUAUCUCCAUCACCAACUCCAUCUCCAUCUCCAUUGCCGCCACCAUUUACUACACCUAUUGCUGAACCUUUUCCAUCUCCAUCGUUGCCACCAUCUUUGAUUACACCUAUCGCUGAACCAUUUCCAUCUCCAUCACCGCCACCACCAUCGACUGCACCUAUCGUCGAACCAUCUCUAUCUCCAUCAGUGUCUCCAACUUUACCUAUAUCACCAUCUCCAUCUCAAUCUCCAUCAUCGUUGUUGCCUUCAUCUCCAUCUCCGCCACCUCUAAUAAAGACCCCCACUCCUCCAUCAAAGUCACCACCUCCACCAUGCUACAAUAAAUCUCUUCCCCCACCAUUUUUAUUCAAUCUUCCACUACCAUAUCCCUUUAAUCGGCCUCCACCUCCGUCAUCAAAUUGUAAGUCUCCUCCACCACCUCUAAUAAAAUCCCUGGCACCACCACCUCCGGUGAAGUCCCUGCCUCCACCAUGCUAUAACAAAUCACCUCCCCCACCAUCUGUUUUCAAUAUUCCACUAGCAUUUCCUUUUAACCGAGCUCCACCUCCACCAUCUAAUUGUAAGUCUCCUUCACCACCUCCGUUAAACUCCCCGCCUCCUCCACAUCAUCCAUCUUCACCACCUUCGGUAAAGUCUCCGCCUUCUCCACAUUAUCCAUCUUCACCACCUUCGGUAAAGUCUCCGCCUCCUCCAUCAAAGUCUCCACCUCCACCACCACGUUCGAUAUUUUCCAUUCCACUACCUCCACUAUUGCCACAUUUUCCCUUUCAUCGAGCACCCUAGUACUACAACUGACCUUCACUGCCAUUGAAAUCUCUUGGUUAUCACUAUACAUCUUCUUCUCGUCCGGCAUAACUAAAAUAAGUUUCACUUACAAUAAUUGCAUCUUAUCUCAUUUGAAAUGUACAAUCAAUUUGUGUUUCUCUUUUGAGAGAUUUUGCUUAUUGAUAUUGUAAUAAUUUUUCUUUCCUAACUUAGUGAAUUCUUAAUAAAAAUGAUCGGAAAAAAAUCCUACUUCGGUUGUGUUUAUGCUAUUCAUGUAUCUUUUGCUUCCCUAUGCUAAUAAGUAAA